AAUUUAUAUUUAUUUUUAUAUAUUUUUUUUUGAAUUUGCUACAAAAAUAUGGCAGCAGCAAGCGUUGCACAAAACUGGACAACAGAACAACCACAAUCAUCAUCUAGAAUAUCAAAAUCGCGAGUCUCAUUCUCGCAUGCUUAUCCUCAUUAUAAUAAGUCUGAUCAUAACACAAAUCAUUAUGGGUUUUCUCGUAACGGAAGCAUACCAAUUCCUAAUAGACCUCAAGACAAUCGUUAUAGUACAACUCGUCCUUUGUUACGCGUUAAUCUUCGUUCAGCAUCAGCAAUUAAUAUGAAUCAUAUUUAUAUGCAGCACCAUCGUCCAUAUGCAUCAGUGUUUUCUCCAGGAUAUCUUCGAAAAGAACUUCAACGUUCUAUUCAUUCUAAAGAACAUCCUUUGAUACCAUCUAUUCAUUCUUUACAUCAUGUUUAUCGACGAUCUUCAGGAAAAUACCCUCUAGAUAAGCGUUUGGGAGUCACUCAUAGUAAUAAAAAUCAUGAAAAAUCAUUUUCUAAUGCACCAAUAUCCUCUAUUUAUAAUACUAAUUCUCAUGUUUCUAAUGAAACCUUUCAAACAGAAGAUACACGGAUUCUUCAUUAUUCUACUAAGAUAAAUAAUACACAAGCAUUACCAAAGCUCUCUAAAAAUGCAGAACAAGAUUUUUUUAUCCCAUUUACUAAUAAUAACAAAGAUGUACCUUCUCAUUCAUUUAAUGAAAAUAUAGAGCCAAAUAUUAGCAAUGAUUCCUCUAAAAUAAGAAGCUUAGAAGCAAACACUAUUUCAGAGCAUAAUGGAAACUUUUUUGUUCCAGAAACUAGCAACAAUGAACAUAAUGUUACUCAAAAUAAUCAACCUUCACAAACAAAAUCUCUUAAAGCAAAGAUUUUAAAAGUACUGUCUUUUUCAUCAUUACCGGCAUUAGAAACUAUAAGUACAAAUAAUCCAGAUCAUAUAAAAAGUCAUACAUACACACAAAACACAUUAAAUAAUACUACCCAAUCUAGUAAUAUAGAUAUCAAUUCUGAUAUAUAUUCUUUUUCAAAAAAAACAGCCUCAUCAGACAAUGUUUCAAUAUCUUCAACAGCAUCAUCUGCAAGUAUAAUGUUAAGGAAAAUAAGUAAAGAAGGAAAAGGAAUGCUUAAAAAAUCAAAAAAAACAUUGUCAAAUAUUCUAAGAAACAGCCUACAUUUUGAAAACACCAACGCAGCAAUAUCUAAAGAAUGUAAAAAAAACAUAAUAGAAGAUAUUAGUAAAGCUAGUGUAAAAAUAGAAAGUAUUCAGGAUUCUUUUCAAGUUAACACAAAAAAUUUUGAAAUUACAGAAAAUGACAAUAAUAAUUUAUUAACAGUUAAUCUUGAUAACCAUGCAGAAGAACAAAGUAAAAGUAUAUACCAGGAAAAAGAUGAUUCCGAAUCUAAAUUAACAUAUGAAAAUAUUUCUGUAAAUACUACAUCAACAAAUGAUCCUAUUAAGGAAAAUGAAGAAGACCAACCUACAUACUUUAAACCUUUUCCAAAUACUAAAAAAGGAAUUCUUAAGUGUAUUACUCCAAAUUGCUAUAAUUUUCUAACUGGAUUAGAUACUGAUUGGUCAUCAACAGCAUCCAAUUUUAAAUCAUCACAUUCACUAACUGACCUUACAAUUCAAUUCACACCUCCUACUCCUUUAGAAUUAGUUACAUUUAAUGACGUUCCCAAUGCAUUAUCAGCAGAAACAUCUAUUACAAAAAAUACAAAAUCACUUAGUUUUUCGCCUAAAAUAACAAUUUAUGAUACAUGGCCUUCAUUCGAAUAUGACAGGAGAGGAGAAAUUGCAACAUGCAAUCGACUAACUCCAAUUCUAGCACAACGUAUUAAAGAAGAACUUAAUACAUAUAAACUCGAUGAAAUGGUAGCAAUUUCAAAUUUAAUUUUUUAUAUAACUUAUUUUAGAUUGUACAUGAACAGAGUCGAAGAUUUACCCAUUUUUUUAACUGAUUGA